UGCUCGCGAAUUGUGGGAAAGAUUUUUGGAUCAUAUGAUCAAGCGUGUAGGCAAUGAUCCAAAUGGGAAUAUUCGAAAGAGACUUAUUGAUCAGGCUUUAGCAUUUAUUGAAGCACAACUUGCGGACUAUGGAAUGACAAACCAACAAUUUGGACUGGAUUCUCCAUCCCCCGGGAUGCGACAAGACGUCGAUGAAGCACUUGAUAACUUCUUCUUUGGAGACAAAGAUGAAGAUGACACUGCAAGCGGUAAAAAAUCUAAAAUUAAACUUAACGACGACCAAGAAAAUGUAUGGACUGCUGUUCAAAAUGCUAUCCAAGGAACUUCAUCAAAUACCAUCUUUGUAA